AUGGUUGAUUUGAUCCUCUAUUCAGUAAAGAGGGAUGAUGGCAGGAUAUGGGAUAGUGGACUUCGUGAUUGGGGUUCUGAAUUGGACAGAAGGAGGGAAUAUGAUGAGAGGGGGUGGGAUAGUGGUAUGAAUGAGCGAAAUCGUGACUUGUACAGGGAGCGUGAUUUUGACGAGAGGAGAUGGAAGGAUACUGGUAUGAAUGAUCGGAGUCGUGACUUGUACAGGGAGCGUGAUUAUGAUGAUAGGAGAUGGAAGGAUACUGGUAUGAAUGAUCGGAGUCGUGACUUGUACAGGGAGCGUGAUUAUGAUGAGAGGAGAUGGAAGGAUACUGGUAUGAAUGAUCGGAGUCGUGACUUGUACAGGGAGCGUGAUUAUGAUGAGAGGAGAUGGAAGGAUACUGGUAUGAAUGAUCGGAGUCGUGACUUGUACAGGGAGCGUGAUUAUGAUGAGAGGAGAUGGAAGGAUACUGGUAUGAAUGAUCGGAGUCGUGACUUGUAUAGGGAGCGUGAUUAUGAUGAGAGGAGGUGGAAGGAUACUGGUAUGAAUGAUCAGAGCCGUGACUUGUACAUGGAGCAUGAUUAUGAUGAGGGGAGAUGGAAGAUACUAGUAUGA